AUGGUUGCACUUCUGUUCCUUCUGUGUCAAACUAACUACCAAAAACGAACUACCGGAAAAUAUUCCCUAAAGAAAUUUGAAUCUAGCAGUAAUACUAAUUCAUCUGUACCUGAUACCAGUAAAGUUCAAUCAUCAAAUAAUAAACAGUCUUAUUCUCACAGGCAUCGACAACCUCGUUCUCGCAACAAUCGAAAGUCUAAACGAAAUUCUGUAAGUGAAUCAUCGUUAACUUCGUUUUAUCCAACCCAAACUCCUAAUUUGUCAACAGAUAACCACCUGUCUUUAUCACCCAGUUUGACUAUGACGGAACAGAUAAGCCAAGAAUCUCCUAUCCAAGCACCUAUGUAUUCCAAAGGUUUAACUUCAUCGUCUUUCGUUUCUGGUGGACUGAAAAUUCGGCUUCGUCGGGACUCAGCUAUAGAUUUCAAUAUUGGGAAAGGUAAACGAGCUAAAAGUAAAACGGCUCCUGCAACAUUUCGUAUUGUAGAGUCGUGGUGUGAUGCAGAUGCUCCAGGAGGAGACUUUACCAGAAGGGCCAGGGCAGUUACCAGUAAUUCUACUUCCCCUACAUUUAGUCUGGUCUCAGGGGGAUUACGUGUUGGUGAUAUAGUAUGGGCUAAACUUGCUGGCUAUCCGUAUUGGCCAUCCCAGGUUAACGCUAUCUGGGCUCGCACUGCCCAUCAACUUUCUCAAGCCACUCUACUUCCAACUUCACAGUCAUUGGACGGCAGUGCGUCAUCUUUGGCUGUUCUUGCGACUCCUUCAGAUCCAAGUUUGGCGGCUGGAUAUACUGCUCGCGUUGACUGGCUUGCUUGGGAUCAGUGUUCUUAUUUAAGCUGUGCUAAGUUGUACCCUUUUAAAGAGUCUUUUGAUAAACUUUAUAAUCCACGUACCGGGUAA